AUGCAUACCCAAGGUCUGACUGUGUUUGAGAUGGUUGCUGGCUGCUAUUUUCCUUACCCGAUUGAUGAUGCCAUAGCAGACGCACAAACGAUCAGGUCGGCUGCAACGAAGGGGAACGGUGCACCGUGGGUCAGCCAACACCUGUCAGCCAGCCAGCCAGCCAGCCAGCCAGACAGACAGACAGACAGCCACUUUGCAGUAGCUCGUGUCCCUACUACGUAUUUGACAGACAAUCCAGUCAACAUUCUGCGUUGCUGUAUGUAUGUAGGUACAGGUAGACAGCGCAUCCUCCCACGCGGGGAGUACCGGCACCUAUUCAUGUAUCCAUCCAGCCACCAUAUCCGGUAUCCAGCAAAAAGGUCCAUUCAGUCUCGGUGGUGA